AUGAAGAAAAUAGUUAGGAGGGAAUGGUUGUUAAAUGUUUCUGAGACCAAGGUCUAUAGGGCAAAGAGGAAGGCACUUGAACUGAUUCAAGGAGAUCAUAGAGUUCAGUAUGUGAGGUUGUGGGACUACUGUGAAAUUGUAAGAAUACAGAAUCCAGGUAGUACUGCAAAGUUGAAGGUGGAUAGGCCAUUGCCAAACGAAGGACCAGUGUUUAAAAGGAUGUUCAUAAGCUAUGUUGCACAAUUGAGGGGAUUUUUAGCAGCUUGUAGACCAAUAAUUGGAUUAGAUGCUUGUUUUUUGAAAGGGCCAUUUGGUGGUCAGUUGAUGCAUGCAACUGCCAAAGAUGCCAACAAUCAAAUGUUUCCGUUGGCAUUUGCUGUUGUAGAGGCUGAAGCAAAAGAGAGUUGGACUUGGUUCUUGGAGAGUCUGAUGGACAUGAUAGGCAAUCCAGAGGAAAUGGGUUGGUGCUUCAUCUCUGAUAGGCAGAAGGGAUUGACACAAACAUUUGCACAAUUAUACCCCAAUGUGGAACAUAGAUAUUGCAUGAGGUACAUGUACUCCAAUUUCAGUAAAGUGUACAAGGGUAAAGAGUGGAAAGACCUCAUGUGGCGAGCUGCAUCUGUGUACACAAUUCUUGAGUUUAAGCAAGCUAUGGAGGCCAUUAAAGCAAUUGAUGUGGAAGCAUAUAAGUAUUUGAUGAGUGAACAACCCUCAACAUGGGCUAGGUGCAUGCACGGAACAAGGUCUAAAUGCAAUAGAAUGGACAAUAACACAAGUGAAGCAUUCAAUAGAGCAAUCAAAGAUGCUAGGGACCAACCAAUUUUGACCAUGACUGAAAGUAUUAGAAGGUACCUAAUGACAAGGUUGCAAACAAGAAAUCAUUUGUGUCAAGGCUGGAAGGGUAAUGUCUGUCUAAGAAUUAGAAGAAGGGUUGAGAAAGCAUGCAAGCUAAUGGGGGAGUGUGAGGUGAUUUACAGUGGUGGCAAAAUAUUUGAAGUACUUACUACACUUAAAACCCAUGUUAUGGACAUAGGAGAGAGAACGUACACAUGUAGAAAGUGGGAUGUAAGUGGGAUACCAUGUUCACAUGGAAUGGCUGCAAUUAUAGAAGAUAAAAGUGACCCAUUGGACUUUGUUCAUGAGUGCUUUCAUAUAAGUACAGUUGCCAAUAUAUACAACUUCAUCAUCAAACCACUUCCUGACCAAACAAUGUGGAUUCAUACACCAUUUAAUCCUAUAGGUCCUCCCCCUUUAAGAAAGAAGAGUGGGAGACCCAAAAAGAAUAGGAGGAAAGGGGAUGAUGAACCAAAUAAACCCAACGGAGAUGUUAGGAGGUAUUACACAACUCUCAAGUGUAGAGUAUGCAAGCAGCCAAGACAUAAUGCCAAAACAUGCCCUCAAAAGGCAAACGACACUACCGUUGACCAAACUUACGCUAUUUUAAAUACGACAUCAGUACUUUAA